AUGAAGCUCAACCUUGACCUAUUUGCGGGCGAACGUGAGAAAACUAUUAUCCGAGUCACCUCCUACCAGCAGCAGUUGAAGUCUUACUACAACAAAAGAGUUAAGGUGAGACAGUUCCAACCAGGCGACCUCGUGCUAAGAAAGACUUUCAUCACCGCACCAAGACACGGGUUAAAAAAGAUGAAUCCCAACUGGGAAAGCCCUUAUGUGAUCAGCCGGUCCGGGGGCAAAGGAAGCUACACAUUAGACACCAUAGAUGGGAAGCAAAUACCACGACAAUGGAAUGCUCACCAUCUCCGGAAGUAUUAUCCAUAA